CAGUAACAACAACAGAGCUUUCUUCAAUAUUGUCAGAACCACGGGUACUUCCAUUACUCGCAAAAAUAAAAAGUGACAUUAAAGAUGCGAUGCGUAGCAAAGAUAAAGGAAAAUUAAACGUCGUAAAGGGCCUUCUGUCAGACAUCACAUACGCAAGCAAAUCAGCCAACUCCACAAACACAAUCCCAUCAACUGACGCAGACAUCUGCACAAUAAUUCAACGUGCCAUAAAACGUCGUCAAGAAUCAAUCGACCAAUACUCGGCUGCAAAUCGCACAGAUCUCGCAUCAGCCGAACAAACAGAACUCGAGAUUCUGCAAACUUACUUACCACCACAAUUGUCAGAUCAGGAGAUCGAAGACGAAGUGAAAAAAGUGUUAAGUAGUGUUGGCGCAUCUAGCGUUAAAGAUCUUGGUCGUGUUAUGAAAGAAGUUAAACUUGAUCCGAGUCGUGCGCCUAAAAAACGUAUAUCCGAAGUCGUGAAGAGGUUGUUAAGUUAA